CAGGUAUAAUUAGCAAUCGAUAUGGAAAACGUUUCCUUGCACCCUGCACGCCUCUGACGUCAGACCCGAUUAGCGCUUCUUAUUGGUCCCAAAUUCCCCCGGCCGGUGCUAAUUAUCGGGAGCUUGAUGUUGAUAAAGUAAAGCGCUGGAGUCCGGGCGAAGCAUGUACUGGGCUGCAGGUCCCUAUCUCCUCCUCCGCCGCCGCCGCCUGCGCCUCCUCCUCCUCAGCUCCAGCUGCGCCCUGCCACCCCGGAGAUGAUGGACAGCCGCAUCCUGGAUCACCCCCAUGCCCAGUUCGGGGGCUCAUUGGGCGGCAUGGUGGGCUUUCCCUACCCCCUAGGCCACCACCACGUCUACGAACUGGCGGGGCACCAGCUGCAAUCCGCGGCCGCGGCGGCUGCCGCCGCCGCCUCGGUCCCCUUCUCCAUAGAUGGAUUACUGAACGGUUCUUGCGCUGCCUCAGUAGUCAAUCCCACCCCACUGCUGCCUUCGGGCUGCGGGGUGAGCGGGGACAGUCAGACCUUCAAGCUGUCAGACUCCGGAGACCCGGAUAAGGAAAGUCCAGGCUGUAAGCGGAGAAGAACCCGCACCAACUUCACGGGCUGGCAGCUAGAAGAGCUGGAGAAGGCCUUUAACGAAAGCCACUACCCAGACGUCUUCAUGCGGGAAGCGCUAGCUCUACGCUUGGACCUGGUGGAGUCCCGAGUGCAGGUCUGGUUCCAAAACCGCCGGGCCAAAUGGAGAAAGAAGGAGAACACGAAGAAAGGGCCGGGGCGGCCGGCUCACAACUCUCAUCCUACCACGUGCAGCGGGGAGCCCAUGGAUCCGGAGGAGAUAGCCCGAAAGGAGCUGGAGAAGAUGGAGAAGAAGAAACGCAAGCAUGAGAAGAAACUGCUCAAGAGCCAGAGCCGCCACCUGCACUCUCCCAGCAGCCUGUCCUUGCACAGUACGCCCAGCUCCGAUAGUGAUAGCGGCGGCGGCGGCCUCUCCCCAGAGCCCCCGGAGCCGCCCCCGGGGAAGGGCCCACGGCCCGCCCCCAGCGCGGCCAGCGAGCCACCGGCCCCAGGCAGCUGCGACCCAGCCUUUUACCCGAGCCAAAGAAACGGCGCCGGCCUGCAACAGAGGCUGAGCCGGCUUCCGGAUAAGGACUCCUCUUCCUCCUCUUCUUCCUCCUCCUCUUCGUCUUCUUCUUCUUCCUCCUCCUCAUUGGACUGCGCCCCGGGUCGAGGUUCCUCUGGCUUCCCCAAGCCCAGCCCGUUCAGCGUAGAGAGCCUCCUGUCGGACUCACCCCCGCGCCGGAAAGCGCCGGCCACUCUGGACUUUGCGCCGGGCUUGCCUUGUGCUCCGCGGACCCUCAUCGGCAAAGGACAUUUUCUCCUCUAUCCGAUCACUCAACCCCUCGGCUUCCUCGUGCCCCAGGCCGCCCUUAAGGCCGGUCCGGGCCCGGAGCAGGCUCCUAAAGACGCCCCACCAGCUCCCCCGCCCCCUGCCUCUAAUCCAGGCCAGGCCAGUUUCGGGCCGGCCCCAGGACCUCCAGCUUACCCUGGCCCGGGCUCCACGAACUCUCCCUUUGCCAACUGUAGCCCAGACAGCAGCAGCGGGGGCGGCCCGGCUGGGACAGCCCUGGCACCCCCUGCUUACAGGGACUCGGCGGAGGGCGGCGGAACUGGAGCGGGAACUGGAGCUGGAGGUGGAGCGAGCUGCGGAGCAGAAGCAGGUGGGGGUGGGGGAGGCUUUCCCCAGUCGCCCUCUCCUGCACCGCUCCCCGGGGAGCCCAGCCCCUGCGGGGACACGGCGAACUGUAGCGCGACCGAGCCGGUAGGCCCCACGGAGCCUGGCGGUCCUGACUGCGAAGAGCUCGAUAUGGACUGAGGGCCCAGCCCGGCCAGGCCAAGCCAGGCUGAAAGGGGAGCCGGCGCCCCUGCCCCGCAGCUGAGCGAACGGGCCUCACACCAGGCGCCCACACAACGAAUCAGGUGAUCGGUUCUAGAAACGUUUUUUUCUUCCCUUCGUUUCUUUUUUUUUAAGAAAAAAAAAAAGAAAAGCAAAAAGAUGUCUGAAUUUCGACCUUAGCAGUAACAGCUGGACUUUGGGGUGCGAACCCUCACCACAGACCGAAAGCGAGAGAGUGAGAAAGGAUAACAAAACAAAACAAAAACCCACAACGAGAAUCCUCAACCUUGUAAAAUGCAAAAAUGUCUAAGAAUAUUUAUAUAUGUAAAAUUUUUGAUAAAUAAAGCUGGUGAA